GUUUUCGAAAACGGUGAAUACUCUUACAAGAUAGUACUGGCCAGCGAUGACAGACGAACAUGGUACGAGGCUGAAGAAAUAUGCCGAGGCCACGAAGGCGGGCACUUGGUGACCAUAACGAACGAUCACGAGGAUGAGAAUUCGUUUUUGAACGAGAAGAUUCAGCAUCUGACUAGCUCGCCAAAUGAACCUGAACUACUCUGGAUUGGAGCUAAGGAAGAGCGGGAGCUCUUUGGAAAGGCUUACAAAUGGGCUGAUGGACAAAAAUUCACUGAGUAAGUAGUUGUUGGAAAACCGGUCGUUUCGAUAUGAACUCAAGAAGUGAAACUGCACACAAAUUUCGUUCACUUAGUUUGCGCGUGAAAAAGGAAACAUUUUAGGUGAAUAUUCUUCAUCCUUUAAGCUAAGGGCGUGAAACUAUUUACAACUUGACCGAAUUAACUUGUUCCGAAACGACCGGUAACCAGUUGUUGCCAUGGCCUCUUUGGAGAGGUGCCAAUGUCGAAAUGAUUUUGUGAUUGCUUGGUUUCGCAUCAGUACCACGGCUUGUGAUUGGCUGAAUCUGAUCUCGUGUCAAUUUCUCGGCCAAUAAGGAGUAAGAGAUCAGUCAGUAUAGUUGUAAAGAGAAAACCAAAAACCAGCCUAUUCACACAGGUUUUCCCGCGCUUAGCGAGGCGUCAGCUACUCUCAUUUUCUUCGAGUUCUGAUUGGUUUGUUCUGUUGUUUCAGCGAAUUGUGAUUGGUCCUAAGGGUCUGAAUAUGAACAACUUACAAGAAAACCAUAAACUACGUUUCCUACUAGCAAGCUCACGGGAAGCGAGGAUGGGGUAGUAAGGGAAAGGAUAUUAAUUUAUUCAAACCCCUCUGAAUCUUUGCUUUUGUUGAUGCCUACAAGUACUCUGUUUUGGCCGAUGUAUUUCUGUGUGGAACAGUCUACCAUCUACUGCUGUUAUGGCUCUGUCUUUAAAACCAAAACCUAUCUAUCAUCACCUACUGCCUAGCUAGCUGACCACCCAUUGCCAAAAUUAGCCUAUACUACUGGUAAUAAACCGAUUAAAGAUAAUGAUAUAAAGAAUCACCUUCUUUGAAGAUCUUGCGAGAAAUUGAUAAACAUCCUAGCCGUUCAAUGCGCCUGUCUUUUAUUGGUUUGACACUGAUUAAAGAUAAUGACAUAAAGAAUCAACUUCUUCGAAGAUCUUGCGAGAAAUUGAUAAACAUCCUAGCCGUUCAAUGCGAGUGUCUUUUAUUGGUUUAACACUGAUUUUUCUGAUUCCCUUUACGUAGGUACGGCGCUGCAUUCCGGGAACGUGGACUUGAUGCGGCUGAUCAUGAUUACGAUAUGUGCAUUGUGCUGAAAUCCACUGGAGAUAUAGCUAGCUGGAUAGAAGCUGACUGUUAUGAAACCAAAGGCUACAUUUGCAAAAUUAAAGGUUAGCUGAGAGGAAGCGAAUAGAUACGACUGUUAAUUGUUUUCGGAGAGUAAAAAAAAGUUGGUUAUGAUUAGAAUAGGGUCUUUCUUGAUUUUUCCUUACUUAGUAAGAGAAGCAUCGAGAAGUACAAGUUGACGGUCUCUUUUUUCUCUCUUUUUUCUCUUCACAGGUGUCCCGAGAAGACUUGUGGAUUACAAGAGAUUUGGUUACGGUAAGUCUGAGUUUGAGAGUGAGACAGAAUCGGUUUGGGUCGAAUUGCACUAUGGGAAUGUUUUGGGGAAUACAGUACUGUACCAAGUCAGUGAUCAUGUUACCAUGGAGUUGUAUUGACGACUACACGGUCAGCCAAUGCAGCAAAACCACUCUUAUCUUCCGUUGACCUCUUUGCCUGCUCAAUAGAGACAUUUAUAUAGUUUAACGAUAUUUAUCCAAGGGUCCCAUUUCUGAGACUGUUGUUUUUUGUUAUGUGUAGAAUGUCUCUGUUGGCGUAUCAGAGUCUAAAUUCUGUAUCCUCUGCGUCUUCAGGGGUUGGGAGCCUACUCCAUCGACAACUCCAUCCAAAAAGUCUCCAGCUUCUUCACAUUUUCUUCAUUUAUACACUAGGCUUGCGUUCCACAUAAGAGGCUGGAGCGGUGUCUCUUUUCCUAAACAGCCUUAUCACUCACGUGGCCAGCAGUAGUGCAAAAGUAUUCAGGAAAAAAAGAAUAUGUUAAAACAAAAGAAGGUUCAACUCCCACAGGAUUGGUUUGGAAAACCAAUAUGGCCGCAGUUUCAUUGUUUUAGGUUUUUGGACACCAAUAUGGUGGGUGUGACGUCGUGUGAAAACGCUCUAUUGGCUAUUACGACGUUGCGUGGGAUAAAGGGAACAUGCUGCCCAAAUUAACUCUAUGGGAUAACCAACAAUUUCUCAAAAAAAAAAAUGGAAGAAGUAGUAAUGAUGCGCUCAUUUCUUGUUCUCAUCACAAUUUUUUUCCAGAGUUUGACAGCGGGCGCUACAUAUAUAAGUUCCUUUUCCUUCAGUACGAAAUGCUCACGUGGCCGGAAGCAGAAAUUUACUGUCGGGAAGCAGAGGGCGCUCAGCUGGCCAGCGUGCGCAACGCAAGAGAAAGCAAAUUCCUUGAAAAGAACUUGCGCAUGCUCAGGAAUCAUUUUGGUUUCUCCAAACUGUGGAUAGGGGCCUCAGAUCUUUACAACGAGAGCCAUUUUUCUUGGUCCGAUGGCACGCCCUUGACGUACCAACGAUGGAUGAGGGGGGAGCCGUCCGGGCAACAGAGGGGUAGAAAGGAAGACUGUGCUGUUAUUACUGCAGAUUAUCCUCACUGGGCAAAAUGGAAAGAUGAAUAUUGUUUGCAUCACCUGCCGUUUAUAUGUCAAAUCAGAGGUAAGUUCAUUUCUGUAUUAUUGCUGGUUUUCAGUGUCAUUCCAUUCAAAAUAGAUCAACAUAAAAGUCUAAACCGUUCCACAAAACAGAAAUGAGGUAGAAAGGAAGAAAAUAUGCAAAGACCCUCGCCAAGAUUCACGUCAGAGGAAUACUUCAUAUACGAGAUAUCUGAAGGAAUGUUACUAAUAGAGGUUUGUAUGGACGCCAUGUUGGUGCCCAUCCAGAUGGGUACCAACAUGGUCACCGGAAAACAACAGAAACAUCUCUCACCGAGUUUUGCUACAAAAGCAUGAACUUAUCCCUCGAGGAACUCAUAAACAUAAAAGUGAUACUUUUUACAUUCGUAUGAAUAUUAUUUUUCAGCUGCUCUAGUAUAUUAUGAAAAAAAAUCUCUGUAGGAUUGAUAGUUUUGUAGUUCAAAUUUUAGUGACGUCAUGUGAAAACCAACAAUAGUUGUACCCCCCGCCCCCACCUGCGUUGUUAAAAAUAUGCGAUGAUAAGAAAAUCUUUUCAUCACGAAAAACAAGGGAACGAUUACGACUAAGAACCAUGUAGUAUAUUAAUUAAUUUGGGCAUUGGGUGACGAAUAGUCUUCGGCUGAGUUGACACGAUGGCGUGUUUUAUUUUUAAUUUCUUCAGUUUGCAACCAACGUGCAGACAUCGGUUUUAUCGUUGAUUCAUCUGGUAGUGUUGGGCAGUCUGGUUUCCGAAAAUCCAAAGAAUUCAUCAAAUUCUUGCUACAGAAAUUUAAAAUCUCCCAGACAGACAUUCACGUGGCUCUCACGCGCUUUUCAACCAGAGCCAAUACCAUAUUUGGAUUCGAAGAUUACUUUACCCAUACUGACGUCAACGCUGCCAUUGAUAGAAUGAAAUGGGUCAAAGGCGGAACAAGAACGGACCGGGCCUUGAGACUGGCGAGAAAUAAAAUGUUCCUUGAGAAACCCGCAGGGAUGUCCCGCCCCGGGGUUCCCAAGUUCCUUAUGGUGAUGACGGAUGGUAUCUCCUCAAAUCAAAAGCUAACGGCACUAGAGGCCGCGGAAUUGAAGAAAAGAGGCAUUCAUAUCAUGGUAGUGGCAGUUGGUAACAAUUUUUACAUAAAGGAGGCUUUAUCUAUGGCUUCUAGUUCAAGAGACGUGGUUACUGCAAGAUCGUUUUCAAGACUGAGGAGAAUUGUAGUUGCUGCAAGGGAAAGAUUUUGCGGAGGUAAGAUAACCUUUUGA